CCAGGGGGAAAAACCCCUUAAGCUUUAUAGCUCUUCAUUUUGCUUUUUGUUGUUUAAUUCCUUUGAUUUAUUCUUCUUCUUGUUCUUUUGAUCGGCGGCGAUCGGUGGAUCACCGGAGAUGGCGCCCAAAUCUGACAGCGUCGAAGGGAUUGUUCUCAACUACGUAAACGAGCAAAAUAGACCACUGAAUUCACAAAAUGCAGCUGAUGCACUGCAAAAAUUUAAUCUCAAGAAGACUGCAGUACAGAAAGCAUUGGAUACAUUAGCUGAUAGUGGGCAAAUAUCAUUUAAAGAGUACGGUAAACAAAAGAUUUACAUUGCCCGUCAAGAUCAGUUCAAGAUACCCAAUGCUCAAGAGCUUGAUCAGAUGAAGACGGCUAAUGCCAAGCUACAGGAAGAUCUUGAAGAGCACAAGAAAGUAAUACAGGAGACUGAGGCCGAAAUUCGAGCAUUGCAAUCAAACUUGACUCUGGAGGAAAUACGCUCCAAAGAGGCUAAAUUGCAUAAUGAAGUGUCUGAAAUGGAGGCAAAGCUAAAGAAACUGCGCAGUGGAGUUAUUCUGGUAAAACCAGAAGAUAAGAAGGUGAUUGAAGAGACAUACAAUGAGAAGCUCAGUCAGUGGCGAAAGCGUAAGAGGAUGUUCAGGGAGUUGUGGGAUGCUAUAACAGAGAAUUCACCCAAAGACCUGAAAGAAUUUAAGGAUGAACUUGGUCUUGAGUAUGAUGAAGAUGUUGGAGUGAACUUGCAGUCUUUUGCUGAAUUAAUCAACCCUAGUAAGAAGAGAAGGUCAGCUUGAUGAUUUCUUCUGAAGCAUUUUGUAGGUAGACAUAGUUUUACUAUGUUGACGAACUAUGAAGGUAGAUUAGUUUCAGGCUUUAUAUAUUCCAGAAGAUAAAGGAGGUUAGAAUGUAUAGUUUCUCUUGAUAUGUUUUCUGCUGUCAAUUUAGUGAUCAAGUAAUUAGUAAAAGAAAAUUGCUUUUCCUUCCAAUUGUGUCACCUUCAGCAAAGGUUUUAUUUAGUGGAUUGUUUUACAAUACGAGGAAACGUCAUAUUACAGAU